AUGGUCCGGUUCAAUCACAAUAUAUGUCUGUUCUUCUUAUUAUUGUGGGUUAAAGGGCAUGGUAAUGUGGUGGAGAUCAAGUUGAGUGCUCGGCCGUUGUUAAAUUUCACUAAAGGUAGGGGUGGAUAUUGCUAUGAAGGUUUAUAGUAGACCGUUCACUUAAUUAUGCGCCCUUUUUCAUAGCUAUGUCAUCACAUCAUUUUUAGUCAGGGAAGACCGAAAGAAAGGAUUUUUAAAGAAAAAUGGCAAGAACUUUCUUUACAAAAUAAAAAAUGGCAAGAACUUUCUUUACAAAAUAAAAAAUGGCAAGAACUUUCGUUACAAAACAAAAAAUGUCAAAAACUUUCUUUACAAAAUAAAAAAUGGCAAGAACUUUCGUUACAAAACAAAAAAUGUCAAAAACUUUCUUUACAAAAUAAAAAAUGGCAAGAACUUUCGUUACAAAACAAAAAAUGUCAAAAACUUUCUUUACAAAAUAAAAAAUGGCAAGAACUUUCUUUACAAAACAAAAAAUGGCAAGAACUUUCUUUACAAAACAAAAAAUGGCAAGAACUUUCUUUACAAAACAAAAAACGGCAAAAACUUUCUUUACAAAACAAAAACUUGCAAGAACUUUGUUUACAAAACAAGAAAUGGCAAAACUUUACCAAUAAUGGUACCUGCUCCUACUACAAUAUAAUUUGCUUACAGUAAAACGAGAGCCAUCCUUCCCCAAGCCCGAGCCCAACAUCACGUUAGAAGAGGGGUUUGUGGAACGUUUAAAGGACCAAUCCCUUAAAUACACAGGCAAGGUGUCAAUUGGCAGUCCACCACAAGUGCUGGAUGUUGUAUUUGAUACCGGGUCCUCGGUACUAUGGCUGCCCAAGUAUGGUUGUCACUAUGCCAUACCUGGCCGUGCUAUGCAUUUUGCUUUGUAUGAUCGAACGUUCAACCGACUUCGGUCGAGAACGGCCGAAGAGACGGGAUUGGUGUUUGAGAGUAGGUAUGCUAUUGGGCAUGCUGCUGGCGAACAGAUCAAGGAUUAUGUUAUGGUAAGGUUUUAUUAGGUUUGUCGUUUUAGCGUAGGGGUAGGGUAGGGGGCUGGGUAGGUGAAAGGAUAGGGGUAGGGUAGAGAAUAGGGUAGGGCAUGGGGUAGGGUAGGUUAGAGGUUUCAUUUUUAGGCUUAAGUACACAUUUUUAAGAUUAAGAUGAUAGUUUAAGCUUAGUUACAUUUUUAGGCUCAGGUACACAUUUUUAGGCUUAGGUACACAUUUUAGGCUUAGGUGCACAUUUUUAGACUUCGAUACUUAUUUUUAAGCUUCUGACAAAGUUUUAGGCUUAUAGGGAAUAUUUCAGGCUUAGGUCCAUAUUAUAAGCUAAGAAUAUAAUUUUAGGUUUAACAAUCGAUUCUAAGCUUAGCACACAAUUUCAGGCAUUGGGCAGGGUACAGGCUUGGACAAAGGGCAGGGUGCCCUGUACCAUGCCCUGUAACAGGGCAUGGUAGGGCAUGGUAUAGCUUGGAACAGGGCAGGGCAUAGCAUAUGCCCUGCAUUACCCUGCGAAUGCCCUGUUUGUGCCAUGGUAAGCUUUGGCGGACGCCUCCGCCGAGCGGUCGAUAAUCAGCGGACGCCAUAACUUAUUUAGUUUAGUAGCUGUAAAUAUGUAGUUAAAUUCAGAAGUUAUUAUAUGUCAUAGGCUUCAAAUAAAAGCAUAGUUUUAAGAUUUUAAAAGUAGUAUUGUUAUCGACCGGUUGAUAAUUUUUAGUAUAUUUUAAUUGCAAUUUUUAUAUAUAUAUUCUUAUCGCUCUGUUGUUCUAAAUCGUACAGAUAUUGCGUUAGGUACAAUUCUUAGCAAAAAACGUUGUUUUUUGUACAAAUUAAAUAUUUGUUAAUUAUCGACCGGUCGAUAAAAAUAUUGCUUUCAAAAACAUAAAUUACUGCCUUAACGUGUAGAUUAUAACAGAUAACAACUUCUGCACUUAACUACAUGUUUCUAGCUGCUAAACUAACCCAGUUAUGGCGUCCGCCGAUUAUCGACUACUCGGCGAAGGCGUGCGCCUGAAUAUACCCAAAUGCCUUGUAAAUACCCUGUAAAUGCCCUGAUGCCCUGCAGGGCAAGGGCAUGGUAGGGCAGGGCAUGAAAGUCGAAUGCCCUGUACAGGGCAGGGCAUUGCAGGGCACAGGGCAUGGCAUGGAAAUUUGCCAAUGCCCUGCCCUGUGUCCAAGCCUGGCAGGGUACGAGAAGUAGACGUUAGAGAUAAAGUAAACAACAGUAUCAAAAGGAAAUGUAUACUUACAUAAUAUAAUUUCAGAUCGGAAACAAAAAGCUAGGCUCAGUGUUAUCCUUCCCCAAGAAGGUCCGGAUAGGCUUAGCAAAAGAAGUUUCCUUCACGACCGACGGCAUUUUAGGCUUGGGCUUUCCUCGAGACCUAGAAGAAUCUAAAGGAACGUCACUAAUUCAUGAAGCCAUUCGAACCAAGCUCUUCAGUAAGCCUAUCUUCACCACCGUUCUCAUCCAAUGUUCCAAGGAGUUUUGCGAGAACGGUGGGCGUAUUACCUUAGGCGGUACUGACCCUGAAAGUUGUACUGAAGCCUUUGGUAGUACUAAAGUAGUACCGUUGCAUUAUGAUCGACCAUUGACCCAUUGGGCUUUUGAAGUUCAUGAUCUGCAUAUGAAUGAGGAGAGGAUUCAGAUGGACUCGUACUUGGUGGCUGUGUCUGAUACUGGCAGUAAUACGAUAAUGUUACCAGAAUGGCUGCUGAACAAGAUUGUGGCACGGUAAGCUUAGCCUACUCUACUUUAUUCUAGCCUGUCGGACCCUAACGUACCCUAGCUUGCUGUACUAUGGACUAUCGUACCGUAUCCUACCCCACUUUAUCCUACCCUACCGUACUCUGUCCUACCUUACCUUAGCCUACCAUACGCUACCCUACCUCCCUACAUUAUAGUACCCUAUCCUAUCCUACCGUACAUUACAAUACCCUACCAUACCCUACCGUACAUUACAGUACCCUACCGUACCCUACCCUUCCUUAACCUACUCUUCCCUACCCUAUUUUACCCUACCGUACAUUAAAGUACCCUACCCCAUCCUACCGUACUCUAUUAUACUUUACCGUACUCUGGCAUCCCCUACUGUACCCUAGCCUACCCCACUACCUCAUUUUAUCUUAUUCGAUUACAUUUUUAAUUACUUUACAGUACUCUACCGUAUCCUACUAUACCCUACCGUACUCUGUCAUUUCCUGCCCUAUCCUACCAUGCCCUGUUUUACUCUACCAAACCAUACCUUACCCCCACAUUACCCCUGCCUUACCCUAUCCUAUUUAGCUCUAACCUACCCUACCCUCUUUUUCAACUCGUCUUUCCGUUUACUCUGCUUUAUCAUACAGCCUUCGUUAUUAUAGUUACAUUACUUUCAGAAUCCCAGGUGACAAAGAGAUAAUCCAACGCAUUGGAGACGGCACCUUGGUGGUAAAAGCUCGCUGUAACGCCAACUUUACCUUAACUAUAAAGACAAAUCACAUGGAUCUAGAGCUAUCUUCCAAAAGCUUAUUACCAGCCAAUCCCAUCCGCCCGACUGGCUUUUGUUACCUAAACUUGUCCAGUUCUAGUACACUAAAAGUAAUGCUACUGGGGGCGCCGUUCAUGCGGAAUUACUGUGUUAUUCAUGAUUUUGGGACCAAGGAGCUACGAUUCGCUUAUUUGAAGAGAGGUGAUGAGGAGAAAGAGGAAUUUAAAGCUUAA